UCGAUUUCGAUGUAGACACAAUAUUUGAGGCAGGGAUUCGAGUCAGAACGCUCCUGUGCCUCGUGCGAAACGGUUCAUUUCACAACAAAACUCGCUUCCGCCAAACGAGAAGCUUUUUGCCGUCGCUCUCCUGUGUGUCCUCUCUGUGUGUGAACGAGUGGGUGUGUGUAUGUUGGAAUGUGCCAUAGAUAGAGAAAAAUUUGAUCAUUGAAUUAAAUAGCGACCACUGCAACUGGAAUAUCAGCAUUAGCAUUAGCAUCAGCGUCAGCAUCGAAACAUUUGAUUUCUGUGUGAAAGUGGCAGAGGGAUAGAGUGAAAGAUAGAGUGAUAGAUAGAACGCUAGAGCGUAGCACGAAGUGGUGUUGCUUUUGUUGCCUUUGUUGCCACACAUUUGUACACCCACACAACACACACACACACCCACACAUACUCGUACGAGCACGCUUUUGGGGUGGUGAAAGUGAAAGUGACGCCCCAGCGAAACACUAUACGGAGGCAGCCAGCGUUCGGCUUGUGAAAAGCAGAGAAAAAAGUUAGUUUUGUUGGUGGAUAUCCAAGCGAAAUACGCGCUUACUCGUACCAAUAAUUUCCACACUCUGAACGGAUUCUAAAUAAAAUUCAAUUUAUUGCCUCUCCAACUUUCCAUCUCUCCACCUCUCCAUCUCUCCAUCUCUCUCCUUCUCCAACUAACUUUUUGCUCUCAAAUUUAUGCGUGGCACAUAUUAAUACAAAUUUCCCUUUUCCUUUUUUUUGGGCACCUACACAAAUACUAUACACAGCACAAUUUUUGGCCUAAUCCGGACACCACCCACCCCUUUUCAAACUUAACUUUAUUGGCAUGCUGUACAGUGUACACUUUUGAGGCACUUCAUUUUUGGUGUAAAUACCAUUUCGGUGUAAAUACUCGUACUUUAUUCCUACUUUGCUCAAUUUGGGAUUGCAGUAAUGCUACUCUCGUAAUGGUAUAAUAUUUAGCAUCGGAUAUGGACCAAUAUAUGACCAAUCCGCUCUGAGAUACAUAUACUGUAAUAUGUAUCUGUGAAUAACUAUCUAAAAGAGCGAGAGGGGCCCGUAGACGAAUAUUUACAUUGCAACAGUAAACCCAAAUGCCAGAGGCGCUGAUACUACUCGGCAUGGCUGACGCAGAGCCGGACCUAUCGACGUUCGAGAACAAAACGGGACUGGCCGAGGACAUGAAGUUCCUCGCCUCCAUGCCGGAGCUGUGUGAUGUAACCUUCCUGGUGGGCGACACCCGAGAGCCCGUCUGUGCCGUUAAGGCCGUGCUGGCCUCCCGUUCCCGAGUGUUUGCGAAAAUGCUUUAUGCGGCGCCAUCGCCGCAGCGUAAGCGGGAGACCUCCACGAAGGAGAACAAGCUGCGGCUCUUCCUCAAGCGUUCCUCGGAGCCGCUAUUGAAUCUACAGAAUGCCGCACAACAGAGAACCGGUUUCACCCAACAAUUAGCUCCGAUAACCGAGCCCACAGGCCAGCAGCACCAGACGCUGAUCAUUGAGGAGUUUGAGCCAGAUGUCUUCCGCCAGCUCAUCGAGUACAUACACACAGGCUGCGUGACCCUGCAGCCCCGCACCCUGCUGGGCGUGAUGAAUGCCGCCGAUUACUAUGGCCUGGAGGAGCUACGUCGCGCCUGUGCAGGAUUCGUGCAGUGCUGCAUCAACGUGGACACCGUUUGCGCCCUGCUGGCCUCCGCCGAGCGCUAUAUUCAGUACAAAUGCACAAAGACCCUGGUGCAGAAGGUGCUCGAGUUCGUGGACGAGCAUGGGACGGAGGUGCUCAAUCUGGGGAGCUUCACACUUCUGCCGCAGCAUGUGGUGCGCCUGAUCCUGGCCAGGGAGGAGCUGCGGGCAGACGAGUUUACCAAGUUUCAGGCGGCGCUUAUGUGGAGCAAAAAGUAUUACGACAACAAUCCUAACAUUGACAUCAAGGAGAUAUUGGGCACCUUCCUGGAGUACAUCCAGUUCCACAAGAUACCCGCCAAUGUGCUGAUGCGGGAGAUCCAUCCGCUGAGCCUGGUGCCCUACGCGAUCAUCAUGAAUGCCUUGGCCUACCAGGCAGACCCAGAAAGCAUCGACCCCGGAAAGCUGUCUCCCAACUCUAGCCGACACCGCCACCGCCACCACCACCAGUCCCUGCCUAAGAUCCGCAAGGCCAAGUCGCAGUCGUUCCGCUCGCGACGCAGUCCCUCUGAACGGCGCAGCCCCAACCUCACCCUCAACACCACCUCGGCUGGGGCCAGUAGCGAAAAGAAGCGAAGUCCUCUCACACCAAAGAGUCCGGUGCCAGCGGAAAUGGAAUCCAAGAGUCCGGGCAGCGGUUCAUCGAAAACGCCCACCACACUCUCGCGUCAGGGUACACUACGGGCCUCCAGCCGGCGGAAGAAUAGCGGACAACUCUCAAUCUCUUUGGGCACCCAAGGCCGGUCCCGAAGUCCCGUGGCCACCAACGAUCGAAGUCCCCAGGGCAGGCGUAGUCCGCUCUUCCCCGGCAGCAGCAGCGGGCUCCGAUCCCCUAACGACCAGCCCAGUCCCACUGCCAGAAGUCCAACGGGAGAGCCUCGACGGAGCAGUCCCACCUUCAGCGUUCACACCCAGGAGCGUCGCUCGCCACUGGGGGCCACUGCGCCCACGGAUUUCGGCUGCCAGACGGGCUUUCCGGGAACCCGGAGGAGUCCCACUUCCACGGUCCACGUGCAGGACAUGGCCACGGAGCCGGAGGAGGCGGGUUUUGUGGGAAUGAAGCGACCCUCGAUCGGCCUCUUCACGCCGAUGUACUUCGCCAGCGAGAAGCGGUCCCCCAUGGGCAUGGGACCCAUUCCGCCGAUCCACGUUUCCAAUCCAGCCGAGACCCACAAGAGCGCGGAGCGGGAGAGGGAGGCAGCCGAGGCAGCUGCGCGGGAGUUGGAGCGAGAGAGGGAGAAGGAGGCGGCGCAGUCGCUGCCGCAGGUGCAGGAGAAGAAGAGCGUCAUGCGGGAGAUCCUGGCCUUUGUGCGAAAGCCUUCGAAGGUGAUGACAACGCGCACGAACCGCUUCGCCAACGCCUUCACGCGCGCGGAUUCGGGAUCCUCCAGCGGACCUCUGAUCCGGCAGAGCACAUUCUCGGCCAGUCCGGCCCCCUCGUCCACCGCCUCCAAGAGUGCCGUUCAGAAGCAGAUGUCAGAGGUGGGAUUCGAGCCGAAGAUGUCCCUUAAAUUCGCUCACUAUACGAAGAUGAGCCUCAAGCUGCGCCGAUCCGCCAAGCGGGAUGAGGAGGAGAAGCAGAAGCAGCAACAGCAGCAGCACCACCAACAGACAGGGAGCUCGGCCUCGGGAUCGAAGCGUCCCAGCGCGGACUCCAAUGCGGGGAUAAUGGAGCAGGUAGGUGGCUCAGGAUCUGCAUCAGCAUCAGCCUCAGGCGAGGAGCUGCCAUUCGAGCUGGCCAACGUCCACUUCGAGAAGGUAGGUGAGUCCUAUAUCAAGCAUGAGCGACUCCGAGAGCUAGUCGAGCCAGACCAGGAGGCGCAGGCGAAGAGAGCAGCUGAAUCCGAGUGCAAGGUCGGUCCAGAUGUCGAGCCGGAGCAGACGGAUGCCGCCAUGGCGCAGUUCGUCGAGGAAGUGACCAAUUCCCUCAAGGUGGUGGCACUAAACGGAGAUGGAGGUGCAGCAGUGGUGCACCACUUCACGCGCCGCUCGGAGAGCCGGGAGCCCAUCGAGCCGCGGAUCAGCGAAGAGCACGAGUCGGACUCCAACGACCUGAUUAUUCCGGAGGAGCUGCGCGCCGAGCUAGUAGAGAUCUUGAAGGCCUAUGCGCCAGAACCAGUUUAUGUUAAUCUGCAGGCGCUGCGGCGCGAAACGGAUGAGGUGGAGGCGGCCGCCCAGGCUGUGGCAGAGGCGGCAGCCUCUGCCCCGCCCGUGAAGCAGCCGCUGCAGUGUCCUACUAUUGAGUUUGAGCCGCCAUCGCGACGAUCUUCCUUCGACCCGCCGCGCUCGCCUUUCCUCGAGCAGCUGCGCAGCCCCGGGGGGGACACGGACACGGAUCUGAUCAACCUCCAGCGGCUGGACUCGGGCGGCGACAGCUUUGAGAUGGUCGAGGGCGAUCGCAAGUCGAGCCGCGCCGAGUCCAGCUUCGACUGUCCGUACUCAUCGCGCGACACCAGCUUCGAUGUGUCCAUAUCGCGGUACCAGUCCACCAGCUAUGAGGACCAGACCUCCAGCUUCGAAAUUGUGGACACGGACGAGCGCCACCGGCGUCCCGUGGACUUGCGCAAGAGCUCCAUCGAGCUGGUCGAUGCGGAGACAUUCCAGCGGUCGGGCUCCUCCUGCGGCAGGAAGUCCUCGCUGGAGACGCACUUCGACUACACGCCCUCAGAGACGAGUGGCGUAACGCCCGCCCGCUCGCCCAACUUCCCGCUGAUGACCAAGAAGCAAAAGGCCGAGACCUUCCGCCAGCUGCACAUCUCACCCUUCAGUGCCUUCUCGCGAGCACGCAGUCCGCUCUCGCAGCAGACCUCAUCGAACUACAGCUCGCGGGACAGCUACGACUCGAGCUCCUCGUACCAAGGUGGACCCAGCCACGGCCAUGGGCACGGACCGUAUGCCGAUCCCAGCCGGAAGCACUUCCCGCUCACAAUCAAGCGCGAUCAGCGCGAGGAGGAGGUCAAGACCUUCCUCUGCACCGACCAGCGAUGUGCCUCCAUCUUCGAGCCGCGGCCCAGCUCUGUGCUUACCCAGCAGCUGUCCACGGGAUCAAUGUCCACCCCCUCGGGCUACACCAACGGUACGCCACGCAUUCCCAGCACCGUAGGCACUGUGCCAACUGCUGCCAUGCCCCCCGGAGGGCAGCAUCACAGCUGCGGUUUUUCCAGCGGCAGCGAGUUCGAGCCACCAUCGCCACGUCGCGCGGCCAGUGCCUCGCCCAAGCACACCUUCACGUUCCGCAUUGUGAUGAAGAAGGUGGAUAGUUCGCCGGAGGCGCUGUGCCCGGAAAGGCACCGGUCCCGCAUCAUAGAUCGGUACCGGCGACGCGACAGUCGACGUAAGCGCAUCCAUGAGGCGGGCAAGAGCUUUUAAGAGGGCUGGCUCUUAGGCCGUGGCGUUUUAGAUAGAAUAGAAUAGAAUGCAAUUUUUUGAGUACUUUGUUUAGUUUAACCACGGUGAACCUCAUGAGAAUUCAUUGCGGCAAUGCUCUAUAUAUAUCUUCUUGGAUAUGUUUUUGACAAUCUCAAUGUUAUCUCAAGCUAUUUAAAUUUUAAAACUCAAAAACAUCGCAUUUCAACUUUGUGGUGCGUGUGUAGGAUUAAGUGAAAAUCAAACUCAAGGCGUUCAAUAAUCAAACUUUAUAAAAUGGUUCUGGUUUUAGGCCGUUUCAAAGCUCUACCCAACAGGUACUUCGGCCAAACCGAAGCCAGCUAUACAUACCUCCUCCAUUAGAGAAGGGAAACCACUUAUGAUCUCUACCGAUUUAUCUGAAUAUUUGAAAAACUAAAGAGAAACCAAGAAAGCCUCCCCCCAUUUGGAGGGUUGGUGUUGGAUCCACUGAAAUCAGUAAAGAAAUAGUUGAAUAGAAAUUGUUAUUCUAAAUGAUCUACAAAUGUAUGUGAAACAAUAAUUCCUCCCACGAUUUACCUGAUUACUAUUUAAAACAAUAGAUCAAACAUUUAUUAUAUAGUAUUAAAUGAUAUAUAUAUAUACAUAUAUAGAGUGCGUACGUGGAUGUCGUACGUAUUUGGAUAGCGGUUCAAACUUUGAUGUUGUAAUUAUUGUGGAAAACCAAAACAUACGAUAAGAUAUUUGUGCAUUUUUACGUGGUUCCUGUUAUAUACGUAUAGCUAUAGGAUAUACCUACAUAUACAUACAUAAAUAUAUACAAAUAUAGAUGUGUGCGAGUAUUACACAUUCUGGAUGGUAUAGUAUACCCCAUAAAAAACCAUACAAAAGAUUGUAUCCUUAAGAUCUAAACGCUAUAUUCUAAAUGUAACCGAACUGCGCGGCUAUUGCAAGAGGUGACCUCAUUACCUAUUAUUUUGGUUAGUCUCUGAAAAAAAGAUCAGAGCACAGUGGGAUUAUACGAUACGAGUAUAUAUGCGCAUGCCUGUAUACAUAUGUAUUAAAAGCUGGAUUUGGGGCCGUACUUAAAUCUUAAAAAAAUUAGAGAAAAGAGAACGACAGAGGAAACUCCUCGCGUAUUAUCAAAUGAAUAUUUACUCAUAAUGUUAAACUUUGAGCAAGAUUUUUGGACUCUAUGUUUGUUAGUUAAACAAAAACAAAACCAAAAGAAACAAAAACAAAAUGGAAUAUAAAAAUUGAGAAAAGGAAAUCCUACAUCUAAGCAAUCCAAGUAUCAUUAUUUACAAGAUAUUUACUAUACAUAUACAUAUACAUAUACAUAUAUUAUGGUUAAGCGAUACGAUAUGGAUGUUGUUGGCUUUUUAGCAAGUCGAAGAAAGAUAUCAGCAUUUUACAGGUAAUUACGCAUUAUGAGCAUUUACUUCUAACCAACCACAACACAUACUACAAUAUACAUAUAUGUAAGCUCGUAUAUGGUAAAUAUGUAAUCGUAAAGUACAUCCAUCGGCAGCGACAGCAGCAAUCGAUCGCUAAAGCUUACACUCGAAACUCGAAACUAACCUGAAUGCCAGUAGAAUCGUUGCUAUUUUGAUUUGUAGUUGCUUGCUUUCGACUCUAAACUAAAACUAAAACUAAAUCGAUUCGCUAAACAGAUCGCUUGAACAGUUCUUAGCGUAGUGCUAUCGAUGCGGAUAUCUACCGAUUUUCAUUUGUGCCUCUGCAUGCUUGCGAGAGGCGUUUGUUGCCAUUCGGAUAUUCCAGAGCACCCAACUACAAUUUCACAAUGCGACCUUCUUCUAUUUGCAGAGCGGUUUUUUACAGUGUUACAGCCAUCGAUCGAUCGGAGGAGGAUCAGUUACAGUCACCCACGAACAUACAUACUAUAUAUGUAUGACAUAUACGAGUGUAACGUAUAUCCCU